AUGCGUCCACUGUUCGACGGAGAAGACAAGCGUCAUCCACUUCGCAGGGCCAUGCGAUAUCGUGGACGCACCGCACUGCUGCUGCUAUCUGCGCUCACCCUGAGCCUCGUCCUGUACCUCCGCUUUGGCACGCACGAUCUUGUCUCGGUCGGCCUCUGUCGCAUCACGCCUACGUCUUGCUCAUCCGGGCGGCUGAACAUGGCCCACGCAACACCUCUAAAGGCGGCUGCUAUGCAAAAGAUUCACGCCGGCUCAUACGCCCGCCCGCACGGGCGCACCUCGCUCACUAUCGGCUCGCUUAACAUCCGCUUCUCCAACGAUGCCGUCUCCGACUGGAAGCGUCCUCCCCUCGACCGCCCAGAUGGGAAUCCAUUUUCUCCGACGAUGCAAGAGAUUUCCUCUUCAGCCUCACCUCAUCUGAUGGCGCAGCAUCACGGCGAGCGACACUGGUUUCUCCGCGGACCCAAAAUCUCCGACAUCGCCCUCUUUCACGCCUGGGACAUCUUCGCUUUUCAGGAGGUGCUUCAUCCGCAGCUGUCCAACCUCGUCAACUGGCUGGGUGACGAGUACUCCUAUGCGGGUGUGGGGCGCGAUGAUGGGGCCUAUGCAGGUGAGGCGGUACCCGUCUUUUGGCGCAGGGACACGUUUGAGCUGGUCCCCCACGCCGAGGGGGGAGCAGGAGCGGACGGGGUGGAGCACUUCUGGCUGUCCCCCACACCCGAGAUCCCUGGCAGCGUUGGGUGGGAUGCAGCGCUGACACGCAUGUGCACGCACGUGAGCUUGCGACUGCUGGCAACGGGAGAGAUCAUACACGUCUUUUCGACGCACUACGAUCAUCAAGGCGUGGUAGCGCGUGCCAAGUCGUCCGAGUUGAUCGUUGACCGGGCGAGGAGGGCGGCGAAACACACAAAGUCGAUGCUGAGAGAGCAACCGCUCGUGGUGCUCAUCGGUGACCUCAACAGUCCGCGCAACGAAGGGUCCUGGUCCACCCUCGUCUCCCCACACUACGGGCUGCAGGCGAACUCAACGGGACCCACGUUCCUCGACACGGCACUGUCUGUGCCAACGAGAUUCACAUCGCCACUGCUGACGGACAACGAGGAUCCGAAGCGUGCCGAGUAUGCCGCUGGCAAACGCAUCCCUCCGCCCCCACCAGCUGGGAGGAAGGAGGCUGGGAUGCUGUUCGAACCAGUCGGACCCAUGAGGACGUUCACCGACUUUCAGCCUUCAAAGCGAAACGCUAUCGAUGACAGGAUCGAUUUUAUCAUGCUCCUGGACAACGGGGCGGUGUUGGACGAGACUAGGGGCGAUGCGAGGUUGGAUCAUUCCAAAUCGUCGCCUCCACCUGCGAUUAGGAGCGAGGGAGAUUCCGACACCGCCAGCAGGCAGAGCGGAAAGGUAGAGGAGAGGGAGUCGAGAUGGAGAAUUCGAACUUUCGGCACGCUGCCCAAUUGGAGCGAGGGCGAUGCAGGGUUCCUCAUCUCCGACCACCGGCCUGUCAUGGCUCGCAUCCAGCGUGACUUCACUUUGUCGUAG